AAAACCUCAGUUUUAUGACACAACAUUGCCUAUUCAAGCAACUAUUGUUGUUGUUGUUGUUGUUGUUUUUCUGUCUUCUCAUUACGCAAGAUAGAAACUUUUUUAGCUUGCUUAUAGUCAGAAUCGAUUUCUUUAUUUACUUAAGUGUCCCCGUUCAAGGUACCAUACUAUUCCAGCAAUUGUUAACAGACAAAAAACGCUCAAAGCAGAGUCGUGACCUUAUUCGUCUCAGUUGCCAUCCAGGUGGGUUGAAAACGGGUCACAGGUAUAACAAGAAAAAAUACAUACUGACUUAUCAUAGCGUAGUCACCGCCACGGUACUGAGCUGCUCACGCCUUAAGAGUGGGGAUUAUUUGUAAAUAAGGAAAAAGAGACACCAUGGCAAAAUACAGCAUAGGCGCCAUUAUAUGGGCGUACCGUUCCACCAUUAUUAUGAUAGCUACACCGCUACUUCUUUCACCAAUUCCGAUAUACUUCAACGUUGCGGAACCGACCUACUGGCGGGAAGCGAACUGUGCCUACAUCCUGGCCAUUAUGGCAGUGUUUUGGAUGACAGAAGUGAUUCCUCUGGCCGCCACAGCGCUCUUCCCCGUAGUUUUCAUGCCAAUUUUCUCUGUCAGUACUUCGGCUAGAGUGUGCUCACAGUACCUUAAGGACACUAACAUGCUAUUUGUUGGAGGGCUCAUGGUGGCUGUCGCAAUUGAAAAGUGGAAUCUCCACCGCCGCAUUGCGUUAGGGGUGCUCAUGAUAGUGGGAACAACGCCACGGUGGCUUAUGUUGGGGUUCAUGCUCCCUACUUGGUUCUUAUCAAUGUGGAUCAGCAAUACAGCUACGGCGGCCAUGAUGGUUCCUAUAGUUCAAGCUGUACUGAUGCAGCUUAGGGAAACCACUGCUGAGGAUACCGAGGAGAAAGAGCAUCGCUCCUCAGGUUAUGAUAACCCUGCAAUGGAAUACGACAAUGGGCAGGCUGUUACUACGUUCACUGAACCCGACGAAUCUAAGGAAAAUAAUGGCGAAAUCACCCCUAGCCCCUCAGUAGGUGGCAGCACUAAUCACAUUGAAGGCAACAAGGUUAGCGGCAGUAAGGCUACUUUGGUAUCAGAUGAAUCCGAUGAGCCGGAGGAUCCUGCCUACAGUAAGCUGUGUAAAGGCAUGUACCUGUGUAUAGCCUAUGCGGCAAGUAUUGGUGGAAUAGCCACACUAACUGGUACCCCACCGAAUCUUGUGAUGAAGGGACAGAUAGACAUACUUUUCGAAAAAUACAACGACAACACUAACACGAAGGUUACAUUUGGUUCGUGGAUGGUGUUUGCUCUACCUAUAUCUGUGAUCUGCCUUGUCAUAGCCUGGUUGUGGUUACAAUUGCUUUUCUUAUGCAGGAUCGGGGGCUGCAAGCGGCAAUCUAGAGAUAAGAGCUACGAGAUGGGUACAGGGGAUACCCCGCAAAAGGCAGAUGAGAAAGACCAACAGAAAAGGGUAAAGUCCGUGAUACGGAAAGAGUGGCAGAAAAUGGGCAGAUUGACACUUGCUGAAUUGAUACUGCUGAUCAUGUUUGUGAUCCUCGCUGCCCUGUGGUUGUCACGUGCUCCUGGUCAAGUGGACGGUUGGGGAAGCCUGUUCAAAGCCAAGUAUGUGUCUGACGCAACCCCAGCCAUCUUAGUUGCGCUCCUUCUAUUCAUGUUGCCAGCCAAAGGACUGUGGUGCUUCUCCGGAAAGAAAGACCAGAAAAAGCCCGGUCCUAGCCCUGCUCUUCUAGACUGGAAAACGGUGGAGAAGAAUUUCCCGUGGGGGGUGGUCAUUCUGCUGGGUGGAGGCUUUGCUUUGGCGGACUCCGCUCAGCAAUCGGGACUCUCUAACCUCGUUGGGAAAGCAUUUGAGGGCUUCGGAGAUAUCAACCCAGCAGCGAUGGCCUUCGUUAUAGCUGCGGUGAUCGCAGGUGCCACAGAAGUGACCAGCAACACGGCCACCGCCACCUUACUUAUACCUAUCAUUGGAGACCUGGCUAUAGCCAUAGGAGUACACCCCCUGUAUCUCAUACUACCGACGACACUGGCGACAUCUUUUGCCUUCAUGUUGCCGGUUGCCACACCGCCGAAUGCUAUUGUGUUUGCGUACGGGGCGCUCAGAGUGGUGGACAUGGUCCUUGCGGGUAUCGGAAUGAACAUCAUAUGUCUUGGUGUGGUGGCACUGGCCCUGAACACGUGGGGCACGGCGUGGUUUCAGCUGGAUGUGCUGCCAGCAUUCAUGCAGAAUGCGACAAUUAUCUCAACUACCACAAUCUUACCAAACACAACUGUGGCACCUCUUUUGAACUGCACCUGUCCUUGAGCAACAGAUACAGACUUAAAAUAUUUUUUUUUAUAUCAGAUUUAAAGAUGACUUUUAUAUGAUCGAAGAUGUUGACGUUUUA